UGGAUGGCCUUGCAUGGCCUGUGUGUGGGGCCUUGCAUGGCCUGUGUAUGGCCUUGAAUGACGUAUGUAUGACCUUGAAUGACGUGUGUAUGACCUUGUACGAAAUGUGUAUGACCUUGCAUGGCCUGUAUAUGGCCCUUUAUGACCCGUGUAUGGCCCUUCAUGACCAGUGUAUAUUCCUCCAUGGUUCUCUGUGACCUCAGUGUAUGACCCCCAUGACCCAGAGUGUAUAGCUGUUAACAACUGUAUGGCCUCUAUCCUGGGUGUAUGACCCUCCAUGACCUGGUGUAGUGUAUGUGUAGCUGCUGUUAGCGCAUGACUAUCCAUGAAGUGCGUGUAUAUCCCUCCAUGAGCGCCGUGUAUGGCCCUCCAUGACCUGACGUAGUGUGUGUGUAGCGGAUGUUGGCGAGUGUGUGGCCACAGUGGAGGUGUAGCAGGCGUCCAGGAGAGUGUCAAAGUCUGGCAGGUGAAGGUGUGGGCCGCCAUCACCACAACACUCACCUGGAACUAUAGUUUCUCUCUCAACAUUCUUGCUAACUUCCAUUAUGACGAGGGAAAACAAGCCAGCACACCCUCACACUCGCACUUCCAACUUAACUCUAUUUCCAGUCAUAAGUGGCAGGCUGCAUAUUUGUGGUGAAGAAAGUGUGGUCUCCAUUUGAACGGGGCAUGUAUUGUGAUGACGAGUCAAUCCGCUACCCAUAUACCGAUCACGAAACGGUGUCGGACACGGCACUCAUGCUUUUUGGGGUGGCCAUGCCCGUGGGCUUGAUGUGCCUCUUGGAGUUGUGGCGGAUUCGCAGUGAAGCAGUAGGCAAGCCACUUUUAUCAUGUAGCCGCAAAACUAGCUCGUGGUUUUGGGCAUCAUACACUACAGUUGGAACUUUCCUGUUUGGAUGUGCCUGCUCACAGCUUUCUACAGAUAUUGCAAAGUACUCCAUUGGACGUUUGAGGCCACACUUUGUCAGCAUAUGCAAACCUGACUGGUCGAAGAUCAAUUGCACUGAGGAUUAUAUUGACCCUAUACCCUGUACUACACCAGAUGAUGAUCAUAGAAUGAAGGAAGCCAGGCUGUCCUUCCCAUCUGGACAUGCCUCUUUUUCUGCAUAUACCAUGAUUUACUUAGUGAUUUAUCUUCAAGUACGAUUUAAAUUGAAAAACCCCAAGUUAGUUCGUCCCUUUCUUCAAUUUGUGUGUCUUAUGAUGACUUUCUACUGCUGCUUGUCACGUAUUUCUGACUACAAGCACCAUUGGUCAGAUGUGCUCUUUGGAUUUUUGCUUGGGACAACUGUGGCAGUCCUUAUUUCAUGGUGUGUAUCUGAUCUCUUCCAGCCAACACUACCACCAUCCAGUAAAGACCAGACAGUCUUCCUGCAAGAUUGUCGAUUUGUUGGUAAUGAAAGUGAAAAUGAUAAAUCCCGUACAAAUUUAGGUGAAUGAAAACUAUGAGAUAAAAGGUAUUUCAAAUUGCUUGAAGUACAGUGCGUUGUGUAAAUUUUAGAAGAUUUUUAUACUUCCAGAGAAACUGUUAAAUUAGUUUUGUUUGUGAGUUUUUACAAAAAACCUAAAUUGCAAAUCUAAAAUUAGAUGGUCUGGAAGAAUGAGUUAGGUUAGGAGAAAUUUAAUAAGUUUAAUACCGAUAACAUAAUUAUGUACAUGUAAAUUGAAACCAUUAUACAGGUUGAGUAUCCCAUAUCUGAAAUUCAAAAAAACUCCUAAAUCCAUAAUUUUCAAGCGCCAGUGUGAUGCCACAAGUGUAAAAUUUUAGUUGACUCUGGGGAGGUUUCCAGGUGUUGCGCAGGUCUUUGUUUACCCAGACAGUUGGCGACACAUGACCUCUCAUACCCUUGGUAGGGCUCUGACACUCUGGUAGCGUUAGUUCAUCAACAGUUAUCACUGCCAGAACUGUUUGCAUUGCUGUUAUUACAUGUGUUAUGUGCUUAUUCUCUGCUCUGUGCUGGCAAGAUAUUUUUGAAAAUGUCAACAAGGCCUGCAGAUAUAACUAUAGGUAAGUGAUAAGAGAAAAAUUACAGAAUACAGUAGCCUUUUAAUCAAAACACAGCAUUGUAGGUGGAGACUGAAAGCCUGUCUUUUUUUUUUUUAAUAGCUGAUGCAGGUAUUCUGCCCAUGCUGCUGUGCUGCUUUCAUUGUUAAAAAUAUUGUUUUUGUUAUUGAAAAUGUUGCUUAAAACUACUUUAGGCUAUGUGUAUGAGCUGUAUAUAAAAUAUAAAUACAUGUAGAUUUUGUGUUUAGACUUUGGGUCCCAUCCCCACGCUAUCUCAUCAUAUUUCAAGAUCAAAAAUAUUUGGAAUCUGUGACACUUCUAGCCCCAAACAUUUCAAAUAAGGGAUACCUAACCUGUAUAACAUUUUAAAAAAGAUUUUAGUAUUCUUACAUAAAAUAUCUUGUUUUUAUUUGAAUUCUUCAUUGUAUAUUUUUUGUAUACAGUUUCCAGAGGGUCGAGUGUGCAAAAUCCAUAAUUUUGUAACCCUCAUUCUUUGUGCAAAUCAGAGGUCAUUUUUAAUGAUGGAUGAUCAUUUUUAGUUGUUUUCUGCCCUUAUUUCAAUUUUACCUUCUCUCAUUCCCUUAUAUAUAGUGUAGUGAAAUCAAAGUGGUUAAUACAUAUUUUCCUUAUGUAAGUCUGACAAGCAAUAUACUUAUUUUUUAAUCUCUAAUGUUAUGCCAAACUUAUUCUCAUUUAUGAUUACUGCAUAUGUAAAAAUGGAAAAAAGUAAGUUGAGUUAGAUGAUUUGAAUGGUUUUUAUGCUUAGCAUAGUUUUGAUUGUGAAAUGCUUCUUGGCUACUAGUUUUUAG